CAUUCUCCCUCCGCUUCAGAUUAAAGGGGGGGAGGGAAAAGGAGCUCGGCCGCCAUUUUCCCAGUGCCGCCGCCACCGCCGCCACCGCUCGCCGAGCCGGCGGGAGGACCGAGCGCCGUCGCGAAGCCGACUCGUCUCGCCGCGGCGGGGCGGGGGGCGGCCGGGGUGCGCUCCCCGGCCGGGAAGGGGCGCCGGGGCGGCGGCCGGGGCGCGGGCGCGGGUGCAGACGGCGGCGCUUGUUUGUGCGGGGCGGGGGGGCGGCUGCACCCUCGGCCCCCGCCCGCCGUCCUCGGGGCCGGGCUGCGCUCCCGGCCGUGCCCGGGCCCCGCCGGAGCCGAGGGGCCGCGGAAGGGCCCGCGCGAGCGGAGAAGCGGCCGCUCCCCGCCUCCCCUCCCCCUCCGCCUCGCCCCCCCGCCCGGAAAGUCGGGGCGGCUCCGGGCGCCGGGGGAGGAGAGCGGCGGGCCCGGCCCGAGCCGCCGCCGCGCGCCCCGCCGUCCCCGCCGCCCGCCGCCCGCGGCGCCCAGGCCGGGGGCUGUUUGCAAACUGCGCCCAUUUUGUGGGGCCGAAGCCGCCCGGGCUGCGCUCCUCCAUCACGUGUCUGUUCUCUGGGGAGGCAGCAAGGGGCCGUGGAGCUGGCCUCGGCACUGGGAGAGGCUGGACUUCCUGUCUCUCUGUGCUGAAUGGCUGCGAUGGCGCCCGCUCUCACUGACGCAGCAGCUGAAGCACACCAUAUCCGGUUCAAACUGGCUCCCCCAUCCUCCACUUUGUCCCCUGGCAGUGCCGAAAAUAACGGCAACGCCAACAUCCUUAUUGCUGCCAACGGAACCAAAAGGAAAGCCAUUGCUGCAGAGGAUCCCAGUCUAGACUUCCGAAAUAAUCCUACCAAGGAAGACUUGGGAAAGCUGCAACCACUGGUGGCAUCUUAUCUCUGCUCUGAUGUAACAUCUGUUUCCUCAAAGGAGUCAUUGAAAUUGCAAGGUGUCUUCAGCAAACAGACAGUCCUUAAAUCUCACCCUCUCUUAUCUCAGUCCUAUGAACUCCGAGCUGAGCUGUUGGGGAGACAGCCAGUUUUGGAGUUUUCCUUAGAAAAUCUUAGAACCAUGAAUACGAGUGGUCAGACAGCUCUGCCACAAGCACCUGUAAAUGGGUUGGCUAAGAAAUUGACUAAAAGUUCAGCACAUUCUGAUCAUGACAAUUCCAGUUCCCUCAAUGGGGGAAAACGAGCUCUCACUUCAUCUUCUCUUCAGGGGGGUGAAGUGGUGGCAUCAGAAUCUGGGGACUUAAAGGGGGGUAUGACCAAUUGCACUCUUCCACAUAGAAGCCUUGAUGUAGAACACACAACUAUAUUUAGCAAUAAUAGCACUGCAAACAAAUCUGUAAAUUCCAUGGAACAGCCAGCACUUCAAGGAAGCAGUAGGUUAUCACCUGGCACAGACUCCAGUUCUAACUCGGGAGGCCUCAAGAUAGAGGGUAAAAAGUCUCCCUUGUCUUCCAUUCUUUUCAGUGCUUUAGAUUCUGACACAAGGAUAACAGCUUUACUGAGGCGGCAGGCUGAUAUUGAGAGCCGCGCCCGAAGGUUACAGAAGCGAUUACAGGUUGUGCAAGCCAAGCAGGUGGAGAGGCAUAUACAGCAUCAGCUGGGUGGAUUUUUAGAGAAGACUUUGAGCAAACUGCCAAACUUGGAAUCCUUGAGGCCCCGGAGCCAGUUGAUGCUGACUCGAAAGGCUGAAGCUGCAUUGAGAAAAGCUGCCAGUGAGACUGCCGCUUCCGAGGGACUUAGCAACUUCUUGAAAAGCGAUUCAAUUUCAGAAGAAUUGGAGAGAUUUACCGCUAGUGGUAUAGCCAACUUGAGGUGCAGUGAACAUGCGUUUGAUUCAGAUAUCACUGACAGUAGCUCUGGAGGAGAGUCUGAUAUUGAAGAGGAAGAACUGACCAGAGCUGACCCUGAGCAGCGCCAUGUACCCCUGAGGCGCAGGUCAGAAUGGAGAUGGGCUGCAGAUCGAGCAGCUAUCGUCAGCCGCUGGAAUUGGCUUCAGGCUCACGUUUCUGACUUGGAAUAUCGAAUUCGGCAACAAACAGAUAUUUACAAGCAGAUACGUGCUAAUAAGGGGUUGAUUGUUCUUGGGGAGGCACCUCCCCCAGAACAUAUAACAACAGACUUAUUUCUUCCACUUAAUACUGAAGUGAAGACAGAUCAUGGGAGUGAUAAAUUGGUGGAGUCUGUUUCUCAGUCACUGGAAAACCAUGGUGCCUCGGGUCAUCCAUCAGAGUUGUUUACCAAAUCAUCUGGAACAUUGAGGCCUGUCAAUGGAGUGGUUAACACUCUUCAGCCUAUUUUGGCAGACCACAUUCCAGGUGAUGGCUCUGAUGCUGAGGAACAGUUACAUAAAAAGCAACGACUGAAUCUAAUUUCAUCAUCAUCUGAUGGCACCUGUGUGGCAGCUCGAACUCGGCCUGUCCUGAACUGUAAAAAACGGAGGCUUGUUCGACCCAACAGCAUCGUUCCUCUUUCCAAGAAGGUUCACCGAAACAACAACAUGCGCUCUGGCUGUGAUGUGAAUCCCUCCUGUGCACUGUGUGGCUCAGGUAGCACCAACACCAUGCCUCCAGAAAUCCACUAUGAAGCCCCUCUAUUGGAACGUCUCUCUCAGCUGGAUUCUUGUGUUCACCCGGUUCUAGCAUUUCCAGAUGAUGUUCCCACAAGCCUGCACUUCCAGAGCAUGCUGAAAUCUCAGUGGCAGAACAAGCCUUUUGACAAAAUCAAACCUCCCAAAAAGUUUUCACUUAAGCACAGAGCACCCAUGCCAGGCAGUCUGCCAGAUCCAACUCGUAGUAAAGACAGGCACAAGCUGGUCAGCUCCUUCCUCACAACAGCCAAGCUGUCCCAUCACCAAACGCGGCCUGACAGGACCCACAGGCAGCACUUAGACGAUGUGGGGGCCGUGCCUAUGGUGGAGCGAGUGACAGCGCCAAAAGCAGAGCGCUUGCUCAACCCACCGCCACCUGUGCAUGACCCAAACCACAGCAAAAUGAGAUUGCGAGACCAUUCAUCUGAGAGAAGUGAAGUGUUGAAGCAUCAUACAGAUAUGAGCAGUUCGAGCUACUUGGCAGCUGCCCACCAUCCACCACACAGUCCCUUGGUGCGACAGCUCUCCACCUCAUCAGACACCUCGGCACCCACCAGCUCUAGCUCACAGGUUACCGCCAGCACGUCUCAACCCGUAAGGAGGAGGAGGGGAGAGAGCUCAUUCGAUAUUAACAACAUUGUCAUCCCGAUGUCUGUUGCUGCAACAACCCGUGUAGAAAAACUACAAUACAAGGAAAUCCUUACUCCCAGCUGGCGGGAGGUCGACCUUCAGUCUCUGAAAGGGAGUCCUGAUGAGGAGAACGAAGAGAUCGAAGACCUAUCUGAUGCAGCCUUCGCCGCCCUGCAUGCCAAAUGUGAGGAGAUGGAGCGGGCUCGGUGGCUGUGGACCACAAGUGUGCCACCCCAGCGGCGCGGCAGCAGGUCUUACAGAUCAUCGGACGGCCGGACAACCCCCCAGCUGGGUAGUGCCAACCCCUCCACCCCCCAGCCCGCCUCCCCCGAUGUCAGUAGUAGCCACUCUUUGUCAGAGUUCUCCCACAGUCAGUCCCCAAGGAGCCCCAUAAGCCCAGAACUGCACUCGGCCCCCCUCACUCCUGUGGCUCGGGACACUCUGCGACACCUAGCCAGUGAAGACACCCGUUGUUCCACGCCGGAGCUGGGGCUGGAUGAACAGUCUGUGCAGCCGUGGGAGCGGCGAACCUUCCCUCUGGCAUACAGUCCUCAGGCAGAGUGUGAGGACCAGCUGGAUGCGCAGGAACGGGCAGCCCGCUGCACUCGGCGCACCUCAGGCAGCAAGACUGGCCGGGAAACAGAGGUGGCACCCACCUCGCCUCCUGUUGUCCCCCUCAAGAGUCGGCAUCUGGCGGCAGCAGUCACAGCUCAGCGCCCAGCUCACAGAUGAGCGGGAUACAAGAAUCUAAACAGACUCACUAACUAUUGGCAUUAAAGCUUCAGAAAUCUCUGCGUUUGAUAUUCAAACAUCAUAUGCUAGAAAUUUUCACAGUUUUUAGUGAAUUUAAGAAAUUUAGAUUCUACUUUGGUAAUUUUUUUUGUUUUGUUUGUUUCCAUGUUUUGUCGUCACACACCUGAGCACUUCCUCUUGUUGGCAAACAAAGUUUGGGCUCAAACCCGCUGACCUGGUCCUGGCACCUCCUCUGCACUGUUGAAUCACUGGACUUAGCCAUGUUAGAUGAUCGCCCCUCCCCCUCGCACCUGUGGGCAGGUGGAAACACCAAGUGGGCAGAGAGAGUGGAAAGUUCCAGCUCAGCGUGACCUCAUCAGGGUGGGAAAGAACGGCUCUGGACUGGAGGCCCUCCCAUCUGUGGCUUGACUUAGCCCGGCCCCCUAGCUGGGUCCCACUUAGCACCCCACCAGAGCCUCUUGGUCAUAAAUGCCAGCUGUUCCCAUUGAGCUCUCAGCCAACAGAAUGGCUCUCCCUUCUCACGCGGAAUGUGGAGACCCAUUUUGGAUGUCCUCUAAUUUGGUCAUCUGUGUUACUCCUUAACUGCAGUGACCUGGCUGCGGCUGCUCAGGUCCCCAUCCUGCCCUCUUGUGCCUCCUCGUCUGUCCCCCAUGCUAGUCCCCUCUCACCCCCGAACUUUUUUAGCACCUUUCCUAUUUAGGAAAGUAGGAUAGGACUACUUAAGCUCUGUUGCCAUUCCCCUGCAAACUAGGGGUUCUGGGAAAUGAGCAGCAUCUCCCCUGUAUAAUUCUGUUUCACUGACUGACUGAUUUAGUUGGGUAUCCUCCACAUCCUGCUCCCUGCCAGUGUCAGUUAGGCCCGCCCUUUAUCAAGCUCCCCCUUGCCUGUGGAACAUUGUCUGAUCCUAGCUGUGGUUCCCAUCACUACCCUGCACCCCCUUUGGUUAACCGUGUGCCUGUCUGAUCUAUGAUCUCAUCACCAAAAAGGGGCACAAUGAGGGAUGUUUUUGUGUUUUUUUUCUGGUGGUCAUUUUGUAAUCAUAUAAAAAAUAGUAGACAAACUGCUUAAAUGGUUGGGUUUUUUCACAAUUUUCAACAUUAGUGAUUAUUUUUGAUUGUUUGCAAGCUAAAGGGGUUGCCAUUGUUUCUUCAAAAAACAAUAAUGCACCAUAUCCCUAUGCAUAAAGUGCUUCUUCUAUUUAUAAGGUUGAAAAUUCUGAAUAACCCUUUUAGCAUUGUAAAAAAAAAAAAAAAAAAACAAAAAGAAAAAAAAACUUGUAUUUUGUAAAUAUUUUCUUUCCUGCUUUGAGCUGUGUAUUGGCAGCGAAACAUGUAGCUGUCUUUGUUCUAUAGAAAUGCUUUUCUUCAGAGAAGCUGAUCUUUGUUAAUGUCUUGAUUCUGUUUGCAAAGCACAGACUAGUGCUUACAAAAAAAUGAGCAAAGAAAAAUUUAAAAAAAUAAUAAAAAAAAAAGUUACAGAAUGUUGUGUGCUGGGCC